AUGGAUUCCCUGGUCGAGUCCCGGUGGCCUCCGGCCUUGGCAGUCAUGAAGACAGUAGAUGAUUUGCUGCGGUGUGGAAUUUGCUUUGAAUAUUUCAACAUUGCAAUGAUGAUUCCUCAGUGUUCACAUAACUACUGUUCUCUUUGUAUAAGAAAAUUUCUGUCCUAUAAAACACAAUGUCCAACUUGUUGUGUGACAGUCACAGAGCCGGACCUGAAAAAUAACCGUGUUUUAGAUGAACUGGUAAAAAGCUUGAAUUUUGCACGGAAUCAUCUGUUGCAGUUUGCCUUAGAGUCACCACCCACAUCUGCUGCUUCCUCCUCUUCAAAGAAUCUGGCUAUCAAAACACACACCACUGUAGCCUUCAGACAUUCAUUAAAACAAGGAAGCAAGUUAAUGGAGAAUUUCUUGAUCAGAGAAACUGGUGGUUCUGCGUCAGAGUUGUUGAUAAAAGAGAAUGAAAGCAAAUCCAGCCCUCAGAAAAAGCUGAGCUCUCCUGCGAAGACCAGAGGGAUACCUUCUGCAGAAAAGUCAGCUCCAGGUUCCUCAGAGGAUUGUGUUCCUGAGACACCCUCUACAUCAGCCUUGAAACAAGUUACUAAAGUGGAUUGUCCUGUUUGUGGGGUUAAUAUUCCAGAAAAUCACAUUAAUAAGCACUUAGACAGCUGUUUAUCACGUGAGGAGAAGAAAGAAAGCCUCAGAAGUUCUGUUCACAAAAGGAAGCCGCUGCCUAAAACUGUAUAUAACUUGCUCUCAGAUCGAGAUUUAAAGAAAAAGCUAAAACAGCAUGGAUUAUCUGUUCAAGGAAAUAAACAGCAGCUCAUUAAAAGGCACCAAGAAUUUGUACACAUGUACAAUGCCCAGUGUGAUGCUUUGCAUCCUAAAUCAGCUGCUGAAAUAGUUCAAGAAAUUGAAAAUAUGGAGAAGACUCGGAUGCGUUUUGAAGCUAGUAAACUCAAUGAAAGUAUAAUGGUUUUUACAAAGGACCAAACAGAAAAGGAAAUAGAUGAAAUUCACAGUAAAUAUCGUAAAAAACAUAAGGCUGAAUUUCAGCUUCUGAUGGAUCAAGCCAAAAAAGGAUACAAAAAGACUGUUGGAAUGUCCAAAAGAAAAGUAACAAAAGGAGAAGAUGAAUCUACAGAAAAACCAUCCUCUGUAUUUGUGGGAAAGGAAGAUAAUAAAAUGAAAUUCUCAGAUACACCCUCGGUAGUAACAAAUCACCUCCCUCAAUCAAAGCUGGACUCCCCAGGGAAAUUAGAGCCUGACAGACAAGAUCAUUCUUCCAGGUGUACUGAUAUUGAAGAGGAAGUUCUUUUUUCCUCAGAAACAGAUUCAUUCAAAAGUUCCAGUUCAGACAUCAUAAGAGAUCUUCUAGAAGAAGAAGAAGCCUGGGAAGCAUCACAUAAAAAUGAUCUUCAAGACACAGAAAUAAGUCCCAGACAGAAUCGUCGCACAAGGUCAGCUGAAAGUGUUGAGCUUGAGCCGAGAAAUAAGCGGAACAGAAAUUAG